UUUCACUAAAUAUGAGGUCUGGUCCAGUGCAUAAGGUGUGGAAGCUCAAAGUAUGUGUCAUUAGACUUUGGACCGUUUCUCAAUUUGCAAGAUCUGGGAUGAAGGCACCUAUUGAGAUGGUUGUCCUUGAUAAAGAGGGAGAUACAAUUCAAUGCACUGUAAAAGACAUAUUUGUUCCUAUCUUCGAGGGCUUACUCGCUGAGAGCAACGUGUACGUGGUCACUAAUUUUGGAGUUGCUUUGAAUACCAUCAAGUUCAAGCCUACUAGACACGAAUUUAGGAUCCAUUUCAAGAGGGACACGAUUGUGCGUCCGGUACAAGAUUCUUCAGUUUCAUUGAACGGAUUUAAUUUUGUUCCGUUCAAAACAAUUCAAUCAAAGUCUAAAGAAGAUGGUUAUUUAGUUAAUGUGAUAGCUCAGUUUGCUUCUAAGGGUAACUUGGUCGAAUUCACACGGACGGGAAGCCGUCAAGUUAUAUCACCAUAGAACUUGAUGAUCUUGAGUAAUGCUUAAUAUCUUUUUGAUAGUGGCUUUUGUUUUAAAAUCUUAUUUUGGAAUUUUGUGUCUCUCUUUAAUCUACAAGAAUUGCUAUUUCUUAUAGGGGUGGACAGAAAUUAAGGGUAACGUUGUGGCAGUCUUUUGCUUUUGAAUUGCUCAAAUAUCUAGAGGAACACCCGUGUCUUACCUAUGGUUAUUCUCCAAAUGGGCAAGAUGAAAUUUUAUAGUGGGGUCAUGGGUGUAUCUAACACAAACUACAAUUCGAAACUGUUUAUCAAUGUUGAGUUUCCAGCUGCCAGGGAUUUCUUUGCGAGGGUGAACAAAUUGGAUCCUGUUGACGGACAAGGCAUAAUGCCGCUGGUCUGUGGUCAACCUGUUUCAGAUGAGGAGGAUUUUUUGCGUCUGUCAGUCUACAAAACAAUUGCAGAGAUAAAGGAGCAUAAUCAGGAUGCUGUAUUUGUUACAGUCGGGACGAUUAAAGAAGUUGAGACUGAAUUUGGUUGGGGGUACAAAGGAUGUAAGAAGUGUCGUCGUGGCUUGAAGGAACUUGAUAAAAAAUAUUUCUGUCCCAAUUGCAUUAGAGACUACGGGUUUUAUGAGCCAAGGUACAUCAUCCACAUAAGGGUGAUAGACCACACCGAUGCUGCCUCUUUUGUUUUGUUCGAUGGAGAAGCUGCAAAGUUUCUUGGAGUUUCUACUAAGGACCUUAGGCAGUCUUGUGUGACUAAGGGUGUUGAGAAAAAUUCCUGUCCCGAAGAGAUUAAUAAGCUUAGGGAUAUUAAGUUCAUCUUCAAAGUGCAACUCAAGAUGAGGAAUCUGAACUCUUAUGAACCAUAUGUGAUUCAUGUGCUGAGAAUGACAAAUGAGAAUUCUCUGGUCUCUGCCUUCCUGGAUAAAUACAAUCCUGACACUGGCCUUUUGUCCCAUGAAAAUUCUGAACUAUUGAGUUUGUCUACUGGUCCAUACAACACUUCUAAGGCUUGUGAGAGUGAGCCAACUCCAUCACCUGCAGUUGAUGAGAAACAUAAUUCUAAGAUUCUCAGAGCUAAGAAACAUAUUGAAGAGAUUGGAGAUGAGUCAGUUUCAUCCAAAUCUAAGAAAGGGAAGUGGGUUGUGGUGGAGGACUAAAUCAACACGCCUCUACACAGUUCGAUUUAAAAUAUAGGAGAAUAAUUUAUUUAAACUAUUAUUUGAAUGAACUAUGGUUGUUUGAGAGUUAUUAGGA